AUGCCUAUCGCACUGGGUCUUGAAGGCUCGGCCAACAAGCUGGGCGUCGAUUCACAACCUACACAAAUCCUGAGCAAUCUUCGACAUACCUAUGUCUCCCCGCCAGGCACCGGCUUUCUGCCAAAGGAGACAGCGAUCCAUCACCGAAGAUGGGUCGUUCGAUUAGUCAAACAAGCUAUCAAGCAGGCCAAGAUCCAGAUCGAGGACAUCGACUGCAUAUGCUUCACGCAAGGACCGGGCAUGGGUGCACCUCUGUCAUCCGUUGCCAUUGCAGCUCGAAUGCUUUCACAACUAUGGAACAAGCCGCUGGUCGGAGUAAAUCACUGCGUGGGACACAUUGAGAUGGGAAGAGCGAUCACUGGCGCACAGAACCCUGUGGUGUUGUAUGUCAGUGGAGGAAAUACUCAAGUCAUCGCCUACUCGGCACAGCGCUAUCGAAUAUUUGGAGAGGCGUUGGAUAUCGCUGUGGGAAACUGCUUGGAUCGGUUUGCAAGAGUGCUAGAGAUCAGCAAUGAUCCAGCACCAGGAUAUAACAUUGAGCAGCUGGCGAAGAAGGGCAAAGUGCUUCUCGAGCUUCCGUAUGCCGUCAAAGGAAUGGAUGUCUCAUUUUCAGGUAUCUUGACGGCAGUAGGUGAAAUGGCCGGCAAGCUGGGAGAGGAUUGGAAGGACAAGGAGAGUGGAGAGGCCAUCACGAAAGAAGACUUGUGCUAUACAUUGCAGGAGACAGUCUACGCAAUGCUGGUAGAGAUCACUGAGAGAGCUAUGGCACACGUCGGAAGUUCUCAAGUACUGAUCGUUGGAGGAGUUGGGUGCAAUCUGCGGCUGCAAGAGAUGAUGGGCAUGAUGGCACGAGAGCGAGGAGGAAGCGUAUACGCUACCGACGAGCGCUUUUGCAUUGACAACGGCAUUAUGAUUGCUCAUGCUGGACUUCUGCAAUACGAGAUGGGCUAUAGGACCCCUCUGGAGAAGACCCAGUGCACUCAGCGCUUCAGAACGGAUGAAGUGCUCAUCAAUUGGAGGGACUGA